AGCGGCGUCCAGAUAAUAUCGAACUAAAAGUGAGAGCGCAAAGUAAUAUUCUCGGCAGUGUUUACGCCGUUAUUUUCAAAGUAUAUUUUUUGAAGAUUCAAGAGCUAUGUCUGACUACUACGUUGAUGAAUACGAGCAUUUUAACUACGAUUACGACAAGCAUAUCUUCACCGGCCACAGUGGUAAACAACGAAGCAAACGCGAAGCUUUGACACAUACAAAUCAUUUCGAUCCGUGCGGCCAUUCUAGAAAGAUCCUGACUAAAUUGAUGAAUUCUGAGCACAAUAAACGAAAUGCUGGAAAGACCAAAGCAUAAAUCGACCUUGGAGUUCGACAUCCUAUUUUUGGAAGAAGUAUUCGUUCUUCAAUUUUGACGAACUGGAACCUCCUAGAUAUAUACUAUAUUAAGCAAUCAAUUUUUUCAUUUCCUUUAUUCUCAGCUAUGCAUUUAGUCGUUAAACAUAGAUCACUUAGAAUAAGAUAAUCAUUAGUACUUGGUACAAAUAGGUAGUGUCAUAUAAUCAUCACUAUUUUUCAUGAUAUAUCAUAAUUUGUAGGAUAAGUGUAUCCUGAUUAGACUAUUCCAAGAUCACCUGUGUUUGGAGUUUUCAUAGUAUGAUAAGAAAAAUUAAAUGUGUAUAUUGGAUUUACGCACAUUGAGAAUUUGUAGCUACCAAGCAUCUACUUUGAAAUACAAUUACUGAAUGUAAUAUGUAGUGAUUUAUUUGACUAUGCAAAAAUAUGUCAUCAUUUUGUUUUCUAAGAUAUAUUAAGUUAAACCUUUGUUAACUUGGCAAGACUAUUAAUUUCAAGUACUGUAAAGUUCAGAGAAAUAAAGAUAACUGAAAUAUA